CAGCAGUUUGGAAAAUUGCGCACACGCUCAAAGUGAAGAGCCGUGAGGACAUUGAGUAUCCUAGCUGUGGGAAAGUUACGACGCGUCACGCUGAUGGAGAGUACAGCCGCGUGGAGAUGCGGCGUGUUGGUCCUCGUCCUUGGGCUGUGCGUAGGCGACAAGCACAACCAGAAGCGGCUCGUGUGCUGGAAGGCCAUCCUGCAGUGCCACAGCGAGGCGGAGUGCCUCUAUGCCUACGAGAAAUACACCCACGCGUGCGCAUCGGUGCUGAGCGGGGAGCGCCGAACGUGUCCCAGGCACUGCGUGACGUCCCUGAUUCAGCUCAACCUGACGCGCGGCGGCUCGGAUCUGGAGGACUGCGAUUGUGCUCUGGACCCACUGUGCGCCAGGGCCAAGCGGGCCAUUGAGCAGUGCUUGCCGCGAACGCGCGCGCGACUGGGAUGCACGCACGCACGGCGUCGCUGCGAGGAGGAGCCGGCGUGCAGAGCUGUCAUGCUGGACUUCCUGUCCCACUGUGGGAGGGUGUUUAGUGUUAGUGGAGGCCAGCAGUGCUCGUCGGAGUGCCGCGCGGCUAUGGUACGCAUGCGCGACGUCCCAGCCGCUAGGGCGCUGGAGACGUGCGUGUGUGACGGCGAGGAAUGGGGGUUUUGCGAGUACGUUCAAAUCAGCAUGAAAACGUUUUGCAAAGAGGGGGAAGAGGACGGCAGCGGAUUUUCGGACUGGGAGGAUGAUGACGAAUAUGAGGAUGAUGACGAGGAUUAUCACUCGCGCGUGGACACCACAAGUGCGAGACCCUCCUAAAUCUUCUGGGAAGACAUAUGAGAAAGGGGGCUGCAGAUAUGUGCGAAAUCUAAAAAAAA